CCACGUCGGCUACCGGAAGCUACGUCAUCUGAUGGAUUUAAAGCUUUUUAUUUUAUUUUCCUGGGUGAGGAUUAAUCUCGUUAGAAGAAAAUGUAUUUUUGUUGUUAAUCUGUGAUUAAGGGGUAGGAUCCACCGUGAUUAAAACGACUGGAAUGACGUGACGGCCAGCGUUAAUUUGUAUCAAAAUCACCAGGGGAAAGCAACACCUGGGUCCACGUAGUACGUUCCCAACCAUGAGGAGGUGACAGCCAGCUAACUCUGCUGCUAGGUCUUGCUGCUUGGACAUAUGGCAAGGAUCACUUUCUCAUGCCUGCCAGCCUCCUGGUACUGCAGUGUGUCCUUGCUGUCUCUGGGCUGUGUGCCCAGGCAAAGGGCCUUCUUCCUGGUGUUCCUCACCUGCUCUGCCCUGGUUUUCCUGGGGGUCUACCAGACUGAGCUCUGGGGGCCCCAGCGCCACAGGGGACAUGUCAACAAAUACCUCUCAUCUGUGGAGACCAUGGAGGCUACGGAUGUCACCAACGCAGCUCUAAACUACGGGAUCGUGGUGGACUGCGGCAGCAGCGGCUCCAGGGUGUAUGUGUACUACUGGCCCCCCCACCAUGGAAACCUCCACACCCUGCUGGACAUCAGGCAGAUGAGGGACCACGACCGCCACCCUGUGGUCAAGAAGAUCAAACCUGGUAUUUCCACCAUGGCGCUGAGCCCAGCCAAGGCCAGUGACUACCUCCACCCCCUCCUUUCCUUCGCUGCCACCCAUGUCCCCAGGAAGAAACACAAGGAGACUCCUCUCUAUAUCCUCUGUACUGCUGGCAUGAGACUGCUGCCUGAGAGUCAGCAGGCUGCUAUCCUGGAGGACCUGGUAAGAGAUGUUCCAGUGGAGUUUGACUUCCUGUUCUCCAGCUCCCAUGCAGAGGUGAUCUCUGGGAAACAGGAAGGUGUGUAUGCAUGGAUUGGUAUUAACUUUGUGUUGGGACGCUUUGACCAUGCGGAGUACGAAGAUGAUGCAAUGGUGGAGGUCACUACAGGGUCACAGAACCAUCACCCAAUUAGCCGGCGGCGUACAGUGGGCAUCAUGGACAUGGGCGGAGCCUCGCUGCAGAUCGCCUAUGAGGUGCCUAGCGCGGUCCACUUCAGUUCACCUGAACAGGAGGAGUCUGGUAAGAGCCUGCUGGCAGAGUUUAACCUGGGCUGUGAUUCAGAGCACACGCAGCACGUCUAUCGUGUAUAUGUCACCACCUUCCUGGGCUUCGGGGGGAACAUGGCUCGACAACGCUACGAAGACCAGCUGGUCAACUCCACCAUCACCAAGAACAGACUGACAGGUGAUCAGACAGGCAUGAUGGAAGCCACGCCCCUUGCAGACCCGUGCCUCCCUGUCGGCCUAUCAGACGUGGUGCGUCGGGACGGCCGUGCGGUCCACCUGAGAGGGCAGGGGGACUGGGCGCGGUGCCAGGGAGCAGUCAGGCCUUUCCUGGGUCUCCACAACGGCACCAUGGGAUCCCCCAGGGGGGUGUACCAGGCCCCCAUCGACUACAGCAACUCAGAGUUCUAUGGCUUCUCUGAGUUCUUCUACUGCACCGAGGAUGUACUGAGGAUGGGGGGACCGUACGACAGCGCCAAGUACUCCAAGGCUGCCACGGACUAUUGUUCCACCAAGUGGUCAACCCUCACCAAGCGUCUAGACAGCAAGCUGUUCUCUAAACAAGCGGACUCCUCCAGGCUGAAGUACCAGUGUUUUAAGUCAGCCUGGAUGUUCCAGGUGCUCCACUCAGGCUUCAGGUUCCCUAAGGACUACCCCAGCCUGAAGACUGCUCAGCUGGUCUAUGACAAGGAGGUGCAGUGGACCCUGGGAGCCAUCCUGUUUAAGACACGCUUCCUGCCUCUCAGGGACCUCCAGGCAGAGUCGUUUAAACAGGGCCACUCCAACUGGCUGCGUUCCUCCUUCGUCUACAACCAUUACCUGUUUUUUGCCUGUAUCCUGGUGGUCCUGCUGGCCAUUCUGCUGUACAUCCUCCGCCUCCGCAGGAUCCACCAGCGAGAACAGAGGCAGGCUGAGGCCCUGGACCUGCUCUGGGUGGAGGAGGGGGAGGCUCUUCUGGCCUGAUCCAGGAUCCGUUUAGACUCUGAAUCUUUCUUGACCUGAGGCCUUGGGUGUGGGGGGGGUUACUGAUCUAGGAUGAGUCGAGAUGCUCUCAGUAACUGGUGUUCAUAGCCUGGUAUGCACAGCUCUAGGAUCAACCUUUCACCCUCUGAGUUGUAGGCUUGACUGGUGCUCUAUUUGUUAAGAGGCACUGAUCUAGGAUCAGAUGAUCAACCACAAAUCAUGACCUUGACUGGAACCAACGGCCUGUUGGGACAAUGAUCUAGGACCAUCUUAGUCACACUGAAUCAUAACGUUGACUAAUGGCUAGAAAUGCAAUAGCAACGUCAUCCUACAACGAAGGUUUGAAUUAUGGGGGUGCUGGACACUCCCGUUUUUACACAUCUUUACACCCCAGAUACAGAUAUCAACGUUGACCUGACCGCGAGCUCCCUCGUAAAACAGAAAAUAUCAACCAAGGUCCAAAUCACUAUUUAUAGUAACCUCUGACCUAGAGUGUUGAUGUAAACAUAAGUAGGAGGGGCCAUGGAACUGGAACCUUCAAAAGGGGGAGGAGAAUUGCAGAAUGUGGGCGAAACAUCAUAAAGAGGGAACUGGAUCGUUAAAACAACGAAACAGGAAAAUCCCAACAGGUGAAAGACUGAGGACCGAGCCAUUCUAUUUCUAUUGUAGAUUAUUCACUGUUGCAGAGGGACCACUGUAUUGGCCAUUUUGUGUGAAGGAAGGUGAAGCUUGACGUUUGAGGCUGAAGUUGUCCUUAACCACAGAUCUAGAAUCAAGUAACCUACUCCUAAUCCUAACCUUAACCAUUAGGGGAAUGCAAAUAAAAUCUGACCCUGUAUCUGUGGUUAGGGGUAACUUCUAGCUACUCUUUGUUGAAAAGGUUGCCUUUGAUUGUCUGUUUGGACAGUAUUGUAACCAUGACGAUACCAACUUUGUGUCUGACCAGUAUACUUCCUGUAAAUCUCACAAACAGGAAGUGCAUUAAUUCCUUAAUAAUCCCACUGUGGUAAUGCUUUUGAUUUGAAGCUUUCAAAUAGAAAAAGGCUUUAUUGAUUUGUAUUGAAAAACUACAAUGAGCAAUCAAACAUGAGGCGGAAGGUAGCCUAGUGGUUAGAGCGUUGGGCCAGUAACCGAAAGGUUGCUUGAUCGAACCCCCGAGAUGACAAGGUAAAAAUCUGUCGUUCUGCCCCUGAACAAGGCAGUUAACCCACUGUUCCCCGGGCGCCGAAGACGUGGAUGUCGAUUAUGGCAGCCCCCCGCACCUCUCUGAUUCAGAGGGGUUAAAUGCAGAAGACACAUUUCAGUUGAAUGCAUUCAGUUGUACAACUGACUAGGUAUCCCCCUUUCCCUUCUCAAACUAUUUAUUACAGGGGUUCAUUGAAUCCGAAAUGUUUGAGAUGUAUCUUCUUAACGUUUUUAAGCGGUUUGUUUUGGUGCUGGGAACAGUUUGUUCUGAGCCAGUUCUGUUGAUGACAAGCUAGGAGAGUGAAACGGGUUGUCAGUGUUUAAUGGAUUGAAGUUGAUGCCGUCUGAUUGCAUUGUGUUGAACUGUGGUACAAACACACACAACUGAACUCCAAGAUGUGUGUUACAGACUGUCAAUGUUAGUUACCCACCAGCUCCUCACCUGCCCUGUACUGUAAAUAUCCAAUCAGCCAUCACUAUCGGUCUUCUCUACUCCUCUUGAUAAUGUUGGGAGGUAUUGCUGUUGUUAAAUGAGAUGCAUUGAAUUGCUAAUAAAAGGAGCUGUCCUGUUA